AUGUCGUCUGGACCCCGGAAGAAGGCCCUCCUGAAAGUGAUCAUCCUCGGCGACUCGGGCGUCGGCAAGACGUCGCUGAUGAAUCAAUACGUAAACAAGCGCUUCUCUAAUCAAUACAAGGCGACUAUCGGCGCCGAUUUUCUAACAAAGGACGUGAUGAUUGAUGAUCGUUUAGUGACAAUGCAGAUCUGGGACACGGCCGGCCAAGAACGCUUCCAGUCGCUUGGCGUAGCAUUUUAUCGAGGUGCCGAUUGCUGUGUAUUGGCGUAUGAUGUCACGAAUUCGACGUCUUUCAAGAAUCUCGACUCGUGGAGGGAUGAAUUCUUGAUUCAGGCUUCCCCCCGGGACCCUGAACAUUUUCCCUUUGUUUUGUUGGGGAAUAAGGUAGACCUUGAGCAAAAUCGUGCCAUCUCGACAAAACGGGCGCAAACCUGGUGCCAGAGUAAGAACAACAUUCCCUAUUUUGAGGUUUCCGCAAAAGAGGCCGUCAACGUCGAGUCGGCGUUCCAGACGAUCGCGCGCGACGCGUUGGCGCGAGAAUCGCAAGACACACAGGAUUUCCCGGAUUUCCCAGAUCAGAUUCGCCUCGACGGCGGCAACAGCGCGCGCAACCAAUCGGGCGGCUGCAAUUGC